UAUGCAGCAGAGUGGAGCUGAGCCUGCAUACCACUGCUGCUGACGACUGCUCUGAUCCCACACACACACACACACACUCAUCACACACACACACACCCAUCACACCGCACUCACAGAGGCGCUGAAACUCAGAGCAGUGCUGGGAGAUGCAACCGGCUGGCAGCCACUGACAACCUUCAGUUGAUCCGGACACACUGUGCCAGUGUGAAAGAGGCCGACACACUCCUACAGCAGAGGAAGAGCACUUGACAAAGGACACUACAGUGACCUGCAGCAGUUAAACCACCCGAUCCCCCAUCCUUCAAAGAAAAGGGAACCUGACUCUGGAAGAGGAAAAAGGAGCGAUCAUACCCCACCGCUGAAACACGACCCACUGGAAGAAGGAGAGACAGAAGGGCUGAAGGCUGACUCUGACACCCGGGGGAAAAGAGGCAGGAUGCUGGCUAAGAUCCUUGAGGACAUGUGGGUAGAGCCCGAGGUGCUGGAGGCCCUCAGUGAGGACCAGAAGAGGAUCCUCUUCCUGAAGAUGAGAGAGGAGCAGGUACGCCGCUGGACAGAGUGGGAGGAGAGGGAGGAGAGGGAAGGAAGAGACAACAACAACAACAACAACAAGCUGAAGAAAGCUGACAACAAGCAUGUGAAGUGGCUGCUGGGUCGGGACGGCGAUGUGAGCGUCCGUGUGAUCGGAGAGGUGGACGAGUUCAGGUCCUCCAAACUCCUCCAGAGCCUCACGAACAACAGAGUCCACGGGGAUCAUUUGAACGGCGUCCAGACGGUGGACUUGCUGCCAGGAAGAGAGGCCCAGCAGCUCGAUUUGAAGCAAGACAUCCAGCUGUCCCCCGCAGAUGUUAGUAACGACGCAGCUCCAGCACACGAGCAGUGGGACGAGGAGGACUCCUGCAGCGCUGACGGCGAGCCGAAGGACCCCGCCGAGGACAGCGACAGUGAAUCAGGCUCGUACGACCUCGGCGACUGGACUCCUCUCUACAGGCCCCAUUUUAGUAGCCAUGGCAACCAGGCACCGCUCAAAGACAAGCUCCCAGACACAGAGAGGGCCAGCGCACAGGACAGAGAGACCGUGUUUUGUGAAGAGAAAAAGUCCGAGCAUGGAGGCCGCGUGGCGCAGCUCAGGAAGGCAUUCACAGACGAUGCUCACAGCACUCGGGCCUACACCAAACCUGCAGUACCUGCCAAACCUGCUCACCUGCAGAAAAGCAGCACGCCUUUGAUCCAUUAAGACAGGCGUGUCCAGCCUGCUACGAGACGCCACUGGGACCCCACACGGAGGCAGAGCCUACUGUGACUGAUUGUUAACGAGCCCUGUGCACAACAUAAUGGCUCAGGUGUAGACACUGAUGGACCGGGCUGAGGCCACAUGCACUGGAAGAAAAGGAUCCUUACUUGAACCCUGAGCGGUGAACUGAGAUGAGAUGUUAGGCUUCAAUUCAUGGACCCAAAACUACAGACAGAGAAAUGUCUGGGA